GUACAACGCCAUCUAUUGCAUACCUGUCCUUAUCUUAAAAUGGCGGCAUCAUAUUUUCGGCCGCUUUAUCUUACUUUUAUCUUCCUUAUCACCUUUAUUUUAGUUAACAGCCAAACUCUUAAGAAAUGUAAGGUGCCAAGGCAUUUCCUAGGAGAAUAUUUUACCCACGAGAGGGGUACAGAUAUUACUGCAAUCUUUAGUGCUGACGGUUUAGUAGUAAAGGAGAACACCGAUUAUGAUCAAAAUAGUAAAUGUGUCGAAUUUGCAUUUCUAAAUCACACCAGCUUUCAAAAUCGUUCGGAUGCUCGAAUUCUCUUCUACGAUGCAGCGAAAACUACAUACUUUUGUUGGGAAUUGUAUUUUAGAACAAGAAUGGUUUUGGAAUUUAAACGUAAUAAGUUUAAAUAAAUUUCGCAUGAUUAACAAAUUCUUAUCAAUUUCGUUUUUACAGAGACCAGCAUAGAUCUGCAAAAAUUUGAGAUUAAAACAUUGAAUGACGUUUGCAAAGACAUCUCUCCAGAUUCUAAAUUGCUAACAUUGUUCAAGAUGACUGAAGAAAAAAUUAAUUGCAAAGUUACAAUUGAAGGAUCAUAUCAUUUUACCUACGAAAUAAGUCUCGGUGGUGGUGGUAUCUGUAACUCACCGAGAAGUCAGAUUACAGCCUGUCAAGAGCCAGGUUCUCAGUACAUAGAUAAUGAAGUAUUUAUCAUGAAUUUUGCCAAAUGCAAUGAUGUAUCUACUUCGGUAAACGAAAGAACAAGAUUUCAAUGUUUGGGAUCUUGGCAAACUCCUGACGGUGAUAUAUUUAGUGCUGUAGCAGAUACCAAGUUUGAAACUCCGAGAGAUAGGUACCGAUGUUUAUUAACUAGAAAAGAUGAACAAAAUAAAAACAACAAAGUAAGAUGGUCACUAUCCCGUUGGGCUGGCUGUAGUACGUUGCUUAGUCCUUACGAUGGAGAUAUUCGUCUUGUUUUAAUUCCCGUUCCUUUUGUAAGCAAGCAAAUUUUACCUCUUUGCAAUUUACCAAGAGAUUUUACUGGUACUUGGUUCACAACUGGUGAAUUUGAUACUCAUGUCGUCAUAAAUUCCACCCAUAUAUAUUUCAAUACAAAACUCGAUCAAUAUUCUUACAAGGAGACCUACUUUACAUGUCAAAUGUCCCUUGAUUCCCGCUAUUUGAUGACUGCAACGACAGUUGGAAAGUGUGAAGUUGACUAUGUUUGCUUUGAUUUUGUUCCAAGACAUCAUAAUAUUAUUAGAUGGAGAUUGAGUAAACCCUAUAGACUCUCUUCGGCUGAAAUGGACAGAUCAGAUUAUCUCUUCCGAAAAUUUAGACAAACCUGCACCUGGACCAGUUUUACUAUUAACAGAGAGGAUUUCAAUUGGAAAUAUAACACAUUUGUAUUAAAUCCACCUUCACCUAUUAAUUGCCCAAUUGCCGGGAGAUAUCAGUUUAAGCAGUCUGGUUCAAUUGAAGAGCACUACACAACCAGAGUUCGAGGAAUAACCGAAAGACCAAGACAUCGCAUUGAUUGCAGAGAAUAUGUUACAGAAUUUAAAGUUUGCUCCGGUAAUGCCAAAAAGAUACUUAUUGAUGCCGAAUACUGCGCCACAGUUGAUCAUACCGGUAAGCCAAUUGGAGAAUAUGACAUACCAGACAGAGAAUUAAGUUGCGUUGGGUUUUGGAUGGAGGAUAUGAAGUCUUAUUUGAUAACUUACGAUGAAGAAGAUGCUAUUUCAAAAUUUCGAUGUUGGGUAUAUGAAAGAUUGGAUUGGAGAGAUAUUGUAAUGUCAAGAGCAACAAGAUCAGAGUGUGGUGUUAAUCAAAAUGCAUAUUCUAAUAAUGCUGAUGAAGGAGCCACAUUAGCUUUAACAUUGAAAGAAAAUGAAAGAAUUUUUGAUAGUUGUCCUCAAAAAUUUGAUACUGGAUCGAACCCCUUCAAAAAAGCAGAAGUGCAUCAGAAAGCUAAGCAUUUUAAAUGCCAUAUUUGCCACAAACGACUCUUUACGGCACCGGGUCUAUCAAUUCACUGUAUGCAGGUCCAUAAAGAAAAAAUAGACAAGGUACCCAAUUCACUACCAGGCAGAUCAGAUACUGAAUUAGAAAUUUACGGCAUGGAAGGUAUUCCAGAAGGUGACCUGAUAGCCCAUGAACGAAAUAAGUUGGGGUCUGAAACGCAGGCAGUUCCGACCACUCGGCCUCCGACAGUAACACCACCAAUUGCACCACAAGCUGUUCCGCCUGGAAUUCCACCACCAUUGUUAGGCGCAGCAGCAGCAGCACCGCCACCAAUGGGUAUGCCUCCAAUGGGUUUUCCACGACCUCCGAUGGGUCCAAUGCCAUCCUUGGGUCCAGUCCCAAUGGCAGGAAUGUUGCCAAGGCCUCCACCUAUGUCAGCACCGGUGCAAAGUCAGACAAAUGGUGUAAUAAGUGCACCUCCAAAACCGUUAUUUCCAGCCGCUAAUGCGGCUCCUCCUAUACUAGCUAAGCCAACUUUCCCUGCCUACGGCACACAUACAACGUCUCAGCCAGGAAUAAUUUCCUCUCCUGCCCCUCUUAUUAAGAAACCAGAAUCGAGUUCUGGCUUAAAUGUUAUCCUCAUUCAUCCGGAAGAAGACUUGAGUCUUGAGGAACUUCGGUUUCGUAUGCCUCGUUAUAAAACAAAAGGAGCUGUAACAAUCUCUGCUCCACCAGUUCCAGCAGCUCCUCCACCCAUGAUGGGUAUGAUGGGAAUGCCACCUCCCCCAGGUAUGAUGAGACCACCUCUUGGAGGUUUUUAA